AUGGAUGGGUUUGGAUACGGGUCGGGUCAGAGAACUUACACAGGUGAUCGGAGAACGGAAAUCGUGAGCGGUAAAGGUUACGGAGGUUUGGGAGGAAGUAAGCAGAUCUACGGGACUCAGGAUUUUCCUCCUUCACUUCCGCCUCCGCCGGGAGAUAUGGCGGCGCGUAGGAGCAACGCGUCAUCGGCGAAACCGUCUUGGGGUUUAUCGGAUGCGGAAAUGAGGAGGAAGAAGAGAAUCGCGAGGAAAAAUUAA